UGAUGUUGACCUUGACUCCAGCUGUACUCCGUUUGAGUGGAUGAUCCUCACCACCAUCAUUGCAAACUGCAUCGUCCUGGCUCUGGAGCAACAUCUACCUGAUGGAGACAAGACGCCUCUGUCCGAACGACUGGAAGAGACAGAGCCUUACUUCAUAGCCAUCUUCUGCUUUGAGUCGGGGAUUAAGAUCCUGGCUCUGGGUUUUGCGUUACACAAGGGCUCCUAUCUGAGGAACGGCUGGAACGUCAUGGACUUUGUGGUUGUGCUCACGGGUAUUUUGUCGUCUGUCGGGUCUCAGCUCGACCUGAGGACACUACGAGCCGUCAGAGUGCUGCGACCACUAAAGCUGGUGUCUGGGAUUCCCAGCCUGCAGGUGGUGCUCAAAUCCAUCAUGAAGGCGAUGAUCCCCCUGCUGCAGAUCGGCCUGCUGCUGUUCGUGGCCAUCCUCAUGUUUGCCAUCAUCGGCCUGGAGUUCUACAUGGGAAAGUUCCACACCACCUGUUAUGAUGAAAUGACCGGAGAGACCGUGGACGAUUUGCCGUGUGGCACCGAGUUGCCGUCCCGGUUGUGUCCUAAUGGCACACUAUGCAGAGGCGGCUGGCUCGGACCCAACUACGGCAUCACCCAGUUCGAUAACAUCCUGUUUGCUGUGCUCACCGUCUUCCAGUGCAUCACCAUGGAGGGAUGGACAGAAAUGCUGUAUUAUAGCAACGAUGUGGAGGGCAGUGCCUGGAACUGGAUGUACUACAUCCCUCUCAUCAUCAUUGGCUCCUUCUUCAUGCUCAACCUGGUGCUGGGUGUACUCUCAGGUGAAUUUGCCAAAGAGAGAGAGCGAGUGGAAAACAGAAGUGAGUUCCUCAAGCUGAGGCGACAGCAGCAGAUCGAGAGGGAGCUCAACGGAUACCUGGAGUGGAUCUGCAAAGCAGAGGAGGUGAUUCUGGCUGAGGAAGAUGGUACAGGGAACUUUGAUGGUGCAAGGCGAAGGCCAACCAUCAAAACCAAAAACAACAAGACGGAGCUGCUGAACCCUGAGGAGGGCGAGGACAACAUGGGAGACGCAGUCGGUUUUGCCCGCUCCAGUAUAAAGAGCGGCAAAGACGGCUCUAAUUACAGUAAGAACGAGCGACGCAUGCGAUUCUUCAUCCGCAAGAUAGUGAAGACGCAGGCUUUCUACUGGACGGUCCUCUGCCUGGUCGGCCUCAACACCAUGUGUGUGGCUGCUGUGCACUACGACCAGCCUGAGCUCCUCUCUGACUUCCUCUUCUAUGCAGAGUUUAUUUUCCUGGGUUUGUUCAUGUCUGAGAUGCUGAUCAAGAUGUAUGGUCUGGGCAUCCAGCCCUACUUUCACUCCUCAUUCAACUGCUUUGACUGUGUGGUCAUCGUGGGCAGCAUCUUCGAGGUGGUGUGGGCCACUAUCAAACCAGGCACAUCCUUUGGUAUCAGCGUGUUACGGGCCCUGCGACUGCUGCGCAUCUUCAAAGUCACCAAGUACUGGGCUCCUCUGCGAAACCUGGUGGUUUCUCUGCUAAACUCCAUGAAGUCCAUCGUCAGUUUGCUGUUCCUCCUCUUCCUCUUCAUUGUGGUGUUUGCCUUGUUGGGGAUGCAGCUGUUUGGAGGACAAUUCAACUUUGAAAACGGAACGCCGCCGACGAACUUUGACACCUUUGCAGCAGCGAUCAUGACCGUGUUUCAGAUCCUGACAGGAGAGGACUGGAAUAUGGUGAUGUACAACGGCAUUAAGUCCCAGGGUGGAGUCAAUGACAAAGGGAUGGUGUUCUCCAUCUUCUUCAUCGUCCUCACGCUCUUUGGGAACUACACUCUGCUUAAUGUGUUCUUGGCCAUCGCUGUUGACAAUCUGGCCAACGCACAGGAGCUCACAAAGGAUGAGGAGGAACAAGAGGAGGCAGCCAAUCAGAAGACAGCACUUCAGAAGGCCAAGGAGGUGGCGGAAGUCAGCCCGCUGUCAGCUGCCAACCUCACCAUAGCUGCUAGGGAGCAGCAGAAGAACCACGCCAAGGGCAACAAGUCGGUGUGGGAGCAGAGGACGAGCGAGAUCCGCAGACAGAACCUGAUGACGAGCCGAGAGGCGCUCUACAAUGAGCUGGAGCAGGACGACUGGAAGGUGGGAGGAGAGGGAGAGGAGGUAUCGUAUCCACGGCAGGGACGCGGUGACAUGAAGACCCACUUGGACCGGCCACUGGUGGUCAACCCACAGGACAACCGCAACAACAACACCAACAAGACCCAACCUGGGGAGCUUCCUCUGGAGCAGGAGUACCAGCAGCAGGACCACAGAGCGCCCCACCACCACCACCACCACCACCACCAUCACCACCACCACCAGAAGACCACAGGCCAGCCAACAGAGCCUCACGUGAAGCAUGGAUUCAGCUGCACGUCUCUGGGAAACAUAGAGGGCGGCGUGGUUGGCCAGCAGGGGGAGGAGAGGCGGAGCCACAGGAGCCACCGCAGCCACAGGCACAGGAACAGGGAAGGCAGGGAGGCGCGCAGUGCAUCGCCCCACCACAGUGAGGGGGGAGACGCCAACCCUGAGCACAAGAGGUCCAGGCACCGCAGGACAGCCAGGGAGGGCGAGGAGUGCAGCAGGAGACACAGAUCCAGGGGGGCGGAGGUCGAGGGGGAGAAAGGCGAGGAAGGGGAGGGACGCAAAUCCAGACGCCAUCGCCACUGCAACCAGGAGAGGAGCAGAGGAUGUCGUGGCAGAAAAGAGCACCACAGCACUGGUCCCAGUCUCUCCACCACGCGACCCGUACAGCAGUACAACGAGGACCUGGACAACUUCCGCAACAACAGCAAGCUGGCCAGUGCCCACGAGCACGAGUACGACCUCCCACCAGAUCAUCCCGACCACCCGGACCACAUCAACAACCUGCUCAACUGCCGUGAUGCCGACACCCACACCCUGCUCCACAGCAUGGACAGCCUGAUCCUGACCAGCAUGGCCAAACCGGAUUACACCACCAUAGACCUGCCCCCGGUCUACCCCUACCCGUCCACCAACGCCAUCCUGCAAGUGAACAAGAACGCCAACACCGACCAGAAAAAGAGCGAGGAGAAGAAGGAGGAGGACGACGAGGGAGGAGACGAUGACGGACCUAAGCCUAUGCCUCCUUUCAGCUCCUGCUUCAUCCUGUCCACCACCAACCCGUUUCGUGUGUGCUGUCACUACAUCCUGACUCUGAAGUACUUUGAGUUCAGCAUCCUGUCCGUCAUCGCCAUGAGCAGCAUCGCCCUCGCUGCAGAGGACCCUGUGUGGCCGGACUCACCGCGAAACAAUGUGCUGCGUUAUUUUGACUACGUUUUCACAGGCGUCUUCACAUUUGAAAUGUUGAUCAAGAUGGUGGUGCUGGGCUUGUUCCUCCACCAGGGCUCCUACUUCCGCGACUUGUGGAACAUUCUGGACUUUAUAGUGGUUAGUGGUGCUCUGGUGGCCUUCGCCUUCACGGGGAGCAGCAAGGGCAAAGACAUCAGUACAAUCAAGUCCCUUCGUGUGCUGAGGGUGCUGCGUCCACUCAAGACCAUCAAGCGUCUCCCCAAGUUAAAGGCUGUGUUUGACUGUGUGGUCAACUCUCUGAAGAAUGUCCUGAACAUCCUGAUCGUCUACAUGCUCUUCAUGUUCAUCUUUGCUGUUGUGGCAGUGCAGCUUUUCAAGGGUCGAUUCUUCUUCUGCACGGACGAAUCCAAGGAGUUUGAGCGCGACUGCAGGGGCGAGUACUUGGUCUAUGAUAGGGAUGAGGUAAAAGCACAGAAGCGGGAGUGGAGGAAGUACGAUUUUCACUAUGACAACGUGGCUUGGGCCCUGCUCACCCUCUUCACUGUUUCCACUGGAGAGGGGUGGCCACAGGUGUUAAAGCACUCAGUGGACUCCACCUAUGAGAAUCAGGGCCCCAGCCCAGGCUACAGGAUGGAAAUGUCCAUCUUUUACGUGGUGUACUUUGUUGUCUUCCCCUUCUUCUUCGUGAACAUCUUCGUGGCUCUCAUCAUCAUCACCUUCCAGGAACAGGGGGAUAAAAUGAUGGAGGAUUACAGCUUAGAAAAGAAUGAGAGAGCCUGUAUAGAUUUUGCCAUCAACGCCAGGCCUCUGACUCGCCACAUGCCCAAGAACAAGCUAAGCUUCCAGUAUCGCAUGUGGCAGUUUGUAGUGUCUCCGCCCUUUGAGUACAGCAUCAUGGCUCUGAUCGCGCUCAACACCAUCGUCCUCAUGAUGAAGUUCGACGGUGCAUCAGAAAGUUACGAUAACGUCCUAAAGAACCUCAACAUUGUGUUUACCACCUUCUUCUUCAUGGAAUCGAUCCUCAAGAUCAUUGCCUUUGGCCCUCUGAAUUAUUUCAGAGACGCCUGGAACAUCUUUGAUUUUGUCUCUGUCCUUGGAAGCAUCACUGACAUAUUGGUGACAGAAAUAGGGAAUAACUUCAUCAACCUGAGCUUCCUGCGGCUGUUCAGAGCUGCUCGCCUAAUCAAGCUGCUCAGACAGGGAGAGACCAUCCGCAUCCUGCUGUGGACCUUCGUCCAGUCCUUCAAGGCUCUGCCGUACGUGUGUCUCCUCAUCGCCAUGCUCUUCUUCAUCUACGCCAUUAUCGGCAUGCAGUUGUUUGGUAACCUGGCACUGGACGAGGAGGGAGAAAAAAGUGCCAUUAGUGAGCACAACAACUUCAGAACCUUCAUGGCGCUGAUGCUGCUCUUCAGGAGUGCCACCGGGGAGGCGUGGCAUGAUAUCAUGCUGGCGUGUCUGGGAGGCAAGGAGUGUGACCCGGCCUCAGGGAACACGGAGCCCGAGUGUGGCAGCACCUUCGCCUACACUUACUUUGUCUCCUUCAUCUUCCUCUGCUCGUUCCUGAUGCUGAACCUGUUUGUGGCUGUGAUCAUGGACAACUUUGAGUACCUGACCAGGGACUCGUCGAUCCUCGGGCCUCAUCACCUGGACGAGUACGUAAGGAUAUGGGCUGAGUACGACCCCGCGGCCUGCGGGCGCAUACAUUAUAAGGAUAUGUACAGUUUAUUGCGAGUUAUCUCCCCUCCCCUGGGCCUUGGCAAGAAAUGCCCUCAUAGGGUGGCCUGCAAGAGGCUGCUGCGCAUGGAUCUGCCGGUUGCCGAUGACAACACGGUGCAUUUUAACUCCACCCUCAUGGCUCUGAUCAGGACAGCACUGGAUAUAAAGAUUGCGAAGGGAGGUGCAGACAAGCACCAGAUGGACGCAGAGCUGAGAAAAGAGAUGAUGGCCAUUUGGCCAAACUUAUCCCAGAAGACGCUGGACCUGCUGGUCACACCACACAAGGCAGCCACAGACUUGACAGUGGGCAAAAUCUACGCCGCCAUGAUGAUCAUGGAAUACUACCGGCAGAGCAAGACCAAAAAACUGCAGGCCCUGCGUGAGGAACAGAACCGAACGCCAUUAAUGUUUCAGCGCAUGGAGCCACCGCCUGAGGACGGCCAGGGGGGGCAGGGCGUGAACGGCCCCCCCAGCUCGCAGCCGGACAACAUCAACAGCAUACCUCCUGAGGGUGGCAUGACCGAGAGCCAGUCAUGGGUGACGGCCAAAGCCCAGGAAAUGUUCCAGAAGACGGGUAACUGGAGCCCAGACGGACCGUACCCUGAUGACCUCCAUGACAACCGGCACAACCCACAGACCAUCACUGACACCAGUCCAAUGCGCCGCUCCACCUCCAGUUUGGUCCACGGGCGUUCGGGUCGAGGCGUGAGGCUGGACGACUACUCCCUGGAGAGGGUGGUGUCCGAGGAGGGGAGACAAGGAGGAGGACGCAGACACAAGAGUCAUCGCACCUCGCAGCGCUCUCUGACCCGAUACACCGACGCCGAUACGGGACUGGGCACAGACCUCAGCACCACCACGCAGUCAGGUGACCUCCCACCGAAGGACUGCGAGCGGGACCGCGGCCGGACCAAGGACCGCCGUCACCAUCAUCACCACCACCAUCACCACAGCUCCGUGGACAAAGAACGCUAUGGCCCGGACCGCCACGACUACCCUCACAGGCAUCCCCACGACCACCACUGGUCCCGGUCGCCCAGCGAGGGGCCUGAGGGGCGGGGUCACAGACAGGGCAGUAGUUCGGUGAGUGGCAGUCCGGUCCCCUCCACCUCGGGAACCAGCACUCCACGGAGAGGUCGUCGCCAGCUGCCACAGACUCCCGCCGUCCCUCGUCCACAUGUCACCUACUCCCCUGCUGUUCGCAAGCCCAGCUAUGGCCCACAGGGGCCGGGGCGUCUGCGUUCGCCCUCCCCCCGACACUUCUCCCCACCAGAUCACGAGAGAGGCUACCACCACCGACCCCCAUCACGCCAGGCCUCUCCGCACCACGGAGGUUCCUCAUCCCGCCACGGUUCGCCACGUUCCCCGAGGCACCAGUCCCCACGCUCGCCCCUUCACGGCUCACCUAGGUCCCCACACCGUGGUCGCUGGAGUGGGCCCCCAGCUGGGGACAGUCUGGAGGGUGACGGACCCUUCUAUGAGCAUGAUUAUGAGUACGAGCGGCACCAUGAGCCCCCUGCCUAUGAGCAGAGUCUCUCUCAUGGAAACCCACAUCCGCAUGGGGGGAAUCCUCACCCGCACCCACGCUCACCUAGGACUGCCCGCCAUGGGCCCCCUCCGCCCCCUCACCCGCACCCACGGAGGGUGCCCAAUGGCUACCGUUCAUCCUCACCUUCCCCACAUCGACGGGGACCACCGGGGGUGCCCCCACACCCGCACCACCGGGCCCCUCACGCCAGAGGGCCCCGCAAGGGCCUGCAUGAACCUUAUAGUGAGACGGACGAAGAUGACUGGUGCUAGCAACGAUGGGGAGCAAGGGAUUAGGGAAGGAGUGGAGAAGAGUAGCAGCAGCCUCCGGUGCUCUGGCCUUGGAUAUGAAGACUUUUGAUAAAGCAGUGGCAGUGGAAAUGUUGGGGGCACCCUCAAAACCCUCUAUCCUCACAGACUCUGACUGAGAAAAAAGCGUGAUGAUGGUGUUGUGUUAGCAUUUUAUGUGUACGACACAAAUUGUGAAUAAAAUGAGGCAGAGAGCAGGAUAGCAAAGACAAGGCCCGGGCACAGUUUACCUCUGCCUCUCUUUCUCAGAAAUACACUUCGCAGAAUUCUCUGCUUGACCAGCAAGGCCAGGCAACAGAGGGAAGACAGGGAGGAGCAUGUCGCUGUAAAGUCCACUGAUGAUCUUUGCAGUUUACUAGGCUUAAAAAAGCCCUUCUCCCAAGACGGACAGGUGGUCGCUUAGUCUAAUCAGAUGCUGCGCUAUCUGUUGUCGGCCAGGUUGCUAAAGAGAGAGCCUGAAAAACACGCUGGAAAACAGAGUCCGCUGCUUUGACUCUGCGUUAUUUAAGAAAAGUAACUAAAACAAAAAGCCAGGACCCCCUAACCUUUACAUGCCAAGCUAUGCCUCCAGAAAAUCAAACUUGAACAAUGAAGAACAAAAUGAAUCUUGAAAUCAUUAAGUAAUCUUUGAGUAAAAGGGGAGUAUGACCACUUUAUCUUUAAUUGUUUUCCUUUCCAAGGUACAGAACCAGGAAGCUCCGCCUAUACUGCAAAAACCAGCCAAUCACAGCGCUGGCUGAUAUUUGAUGAGUUUUAUCAUCUCUGUUUACUGUUAAAGACUCACUUAAUGCUGAUGGGACUGGUGUGACAUCGCUUCCUGUCUGGUGGCGGUGGUGGUGGUGGUAGCAGGGGUGGGUGGGCUCAUUUCCUGUUUUAGUGCACUAAGGGGGGUGAGCUUGGUUUACUAUUGAAGUCUAUGGAAGCCGGACACUACACGAAGACCCCUCCUCCUUGCUUACGCAUCUCAGCGCACGGCAAAUGAUGACCCGACAGGAAAUGACAUCACGCGGCUGAAUGGGGCGGAGGAUAGGAAAGGAGGGAUGGGGAAAAAGACUACUUUCUUCAGUAUUUCUUCUAUCGAUUACUUCUCCUUCUUGUUCUUGUGCGGACAUUGGAGCUUGGUUCUUCUGUUGCAUUUGCUCAGCCUCCUUUGGUCUUUUUCGGAGUCCAAAAUUUGACGGAAAUCUGCAUGAAUGAUUAAAUACGUAGUAGAAAGGGAAUCUAACUGGUGUGGGUGGGACCUGGGGGCUUUAUAGGAAACUUUGCUUCUUUAGGUUGACAAAAGAAGUUCUCUCCUUACAGACUCUCUCUCUCUCUCUUUCUCGAACACAUCAUAGAUUUCUGUUCCGUUUCACCUGAAAAAGGCUUUGACAGUCGGCUCAUUUCUUUGUCUCCUUUUUCUGCCGAUAAAGUUCGAAAGCUACGUUUUUACAACCUAUUAAAAUACAGGAAACGCUGCAGGAUCAUAUUCAGGUUUCCUGUUGUUCUUGAGAAACAAGAGAGAGAGAAGGAGCGGAGAGCAGCGGACUUCUACCACACAAGAUUUAUUAUCGUUAAUAUGAAUAAUGAAAUCAAUGUCAAUGCAAAGCCACGAUGACAAUGAUGAUGAUGAUGAUUGAUUGAUUUGUUGUCAUGUUAUUUGGAGUUGAGGUUGGCUAUGCUAUGUCCAUCUUGUUUACAUUCUUUACGUUCUUACUCUGAUCUGUUGAAUGACGUUUGAUAGUUCUCGUUGCCUUCCUCCGGCUUUGGGAACAUUUCACUUUGCAGCAUUGUUUGCGUGUUGUAACGCAACUCUAAAGAAACACUCUAGCUACAGAAUGACGGAGGUGGAGGUCAGGGGAGUCUCUGCUCCUGACACUGGGUCAGUCAAACCAACCCAAAGAUCAAGAAUUCACAUUCACAGCCGGGGGGAUUUCAGUUCAUGGAGGUGUUUUACAAACCUCUGUAGAGAUUUGAGACACAGUCAAAGUUCUAUGGUUGAAUUCUUCCACUCGCAGCCAAAAAAACUUCAGAUCUCAAUCUUUACCCUCUGUUUGGCUUUGUUUAGCAGCAUUGGUGGAACAGUGUUGGUUGUACUAGGUGGCGUUAUGCUCUUUUUGUUGCCACCAGGGGGCAGUUAACAGCACAUUUUCCACCCUGCCUUCCCUCUCUGCCGGACAGCCUCCGGGCCACAUCCUGCUUUCUAGACCUGGAGUGUGACCUCCUCCUCUUAUACCUUGUGACAAAGUCUAGAAUGUAGGUUGCAGCCUAGGGAAUGCCAUAUCUGUCCAUUCGUCCAUUUGUAUGUCCGUCCUUGUGUCUGCCCGACUGUGCCAAUGAUGACCUCCCUGCUCAGGUCUGGAUAACCAGAGAACAGUCACCAAAUCACCAAUCCAAGCAUGCCAGGUUGUAGCAAAGCUGAAACCUCCUUUGCCAAAACCCACGUCAGUAUUCGCCAAACUCUCCUUUCUCGUGUUUUCCCUUCUCUGUUCAUCCACUUGAACAUUUGUUCUCUCAGUUUGCCGUGAGGACGUUAAAGGCAUCACAGGACUGAAAUACUGAGAGCUCAUCAUUUCAUCCUUAUUGUGAUGAGAAAUAAACAGUUACGUCUCUUCAGUAACUCUAGGACAAGAUGAUUAAAUAAAGAUAUUAUAGACAAUAAUCUAGAGAUAAAUAUAGAUAGAUAUAGAUAACAGGCAGAGAAUAAUUAGAGACUGAUUUAUUUUGCAAAGCGUUCAUGCACGAUCAAUGAUCCGGCUACACUUUUAAGCUCGCACUUCUUUUUAAGCCUGAAAACAAACCCCAGUUCAUACUUUUUGACUCUAUGCAGACCUCAUAAGCAUUUUGUUUUGAUGUCAUUCUGGAGGGAGAACGUCACUGCUGUGCUACCGUAACACAGAGAAAUGUAACAUGCAGAUACCCACACAUCACACCCACAGUGAAACCCCCUCUGUCUUACUACCGAUUCCUCCUCCCUCCUCAUCUUUCUCUCCUCUCCUGGAAAGCGUUGCCUCCAUACCUAGUAGCUGAGCAUAGCGUAGUGAUUGUGGUGAUGGGGUUUUUGUUGAUUUUCUCUUUGUUUAGCUGGAGUCGAGGGGCACAAACCUGAAACCCCUCUGCUUUUUCCUUCCUUCUCGAGAGGUGAAGGCAGACAGGGAAGCUUCCCCCAAACCCCGGACAGAGCCACAGUGCCUUCUGUAUCAGAGUCACAUUAGUCACCCCCACUCUCCUCACCCAACGCCACUCCUGUCCACUCACCCCUUCACCCUCUGUAGUCGAUGAGAUCAACCACACGACGCCUUAAAAGUCGAGUCCCACUGGCUCCCAUUCUAGCAACAGGGAGAGUGGUGAUUUUGAGACUGGGCUACAGUGAGGAAACAGCCAAGAGUCUAAAGUUGACAUGGGGAGAUGACAGUUGUGUGUCCGGCGAGGACAAUUGUGUGUCCAGUGAGGACGAAAACUCCCAUUCAGAUAAAGAUUUUAGCGAGAACAAUAUCAAUCAGGAAGAAUCAGAAAACCUUGUGGUUUUGACCUUAAAUACUUAAAUGGGCGGGCUUAGCGAAUGCCCCGAGCAAGCUAGCCCUCUUGGCUUCACCUCCCUGUUAUGCAUGGCACAAGGGCGCCAUUUUGUGUCCAUUUUAGAGACGUUCUGGGUCCAGUUUCAGACGGUGUAGUGAGAGUUUACAGAGGUGCAGAGCAGCUUACUUCUCAGGUCCCUGUAGGGUUAGGUAGCUAGAUAGUUAGACAACGUAGAGAAGAGUCAGCAACGGAACACGCAGGCCUCGGGUUGUCUUAUCGGACGGUUUUACCUGACAUCAUCACGUUGACCCCACCCCCUCUAUCGUCAGCAGCCCGCCCGCGCUCCAGCACUCCUCACCUAACAUGUUGACGGACAGGCAGGAAAAAACCCACCUCCAUGUUUAGCUCCAUGACGCCACUCGCUUGUCCAGAAUUGUAACAGCAGAUCCAAAAUGGCCGACACACAACACUGCCCUUGUGUGACAGCAUGUUGUGUGCAUUCCUUUCCGAGAACAAUUCCGAUUCUUUGGAAAAACAAAAAAGAAGUGAGCUUGUUUUUGUCCUUGUGUUAUUUAGGGAUUUUGGGGGAGGGAUCCCAGUGGUUGUUGCUCAGCCGCCGCUUCCGUCCAUGCCCACGCUCUGUGUGUCCUCGUCUCCAGCUUCUGUCACUCAUUGGUCCUGAGUUAUUCUAUCGCUUUCAUUGGUUCCUCGUUCUCGGACGAAGGAAAUAAAACAAACAAACGCCAACCAUCCACUCAGUGGGAUGUGAAAUUGUGUCAGUGGGUCAGUCGUGAGGCACCGUGUCAAAAAAUAAACACGAAUAAGGGCUCUCUUAAAAAAAAUGACAAAAAAACUUCCCAGUGGGUUUUAAUGUACAGUAGUGCUGCCAAAAGUUGUGCUUAUGUAGCUGAAGCCACAUCGUGGUCUCCCCUUUGUACAGCACUUGAUGUGUGCAUGCGUGUGUGUGUAAGGGGGUCAAGAGGGAGCCGGGGAGGGCGGGAGGGGCGGGGUCAGACAGCAGUGACAGAGAGAGCAUGUACGAGGGUCCUGUUUGGGGUAAAGGGAGCAGAGGUCGUAGUGAUGAUAACACACAAUUUCACAAUGGCACUGGACCACUGUCACUCUCAGACGCCAUUUUAUCACCGCCAUCACGCCCACGCUUGGUCCGACUGUGGAGGGGGCGGGGCUACUGCAGCAGGGAGACAUUUGCUGUGUGUGUGUGUGUGUUUACAGUUGUGUUCAGGUGUGUGUGGGAAAGGUUUUUUCAGCCAAUAAUUAUUAAUCGUCAAUUGAUAUUUGUUGUUCUACCAAUUUAUUAUUGAUUAAUUAUUUGAUCCGUCGGUUAACCGAGAGAACAUAAGUUUUUGUUUUUUAUAAAUUUGUACUUGUUUUAGGAAAAUGAUGAAAAUUGACAUAGUAUGAUAUAGACAGUAUCUAGUAAAAUAACAUAAUAGGGUAUAACAAAUAUUAUAAGGGCAGUGCAAAGUACAGUAUAUAUAAUAACAGUAUGUAGGUUAUACAUGUAUUCCAUUUAAACUGCAAAAAGAAUCACACAUCCGUGUUUCUUUGAAACCGUGAUGAUUUCAUCCAUCAUUUAUGAAGGAAUCACCAACAACAUCACAGGCCGACACCUUCAAGUCAAACCAAAGAUUUGUUAUUAAUCAUAAAAA